AUGUCCGAACAAGACGUAAAGCCAACGUCCAUUAAUGAAGCAAGUUCAGAAAAGACACCAGUAGCUCAAGAACAAGUUAUUCCUAAUAAUACAGAUGGAACUACCCCGACUCAAGAUAAAGCUCAACGAAUUCAAAUUGAAUUGCCAAAGAGACAAAGUAUAGAAAAUUAUGGUGAAAAUAAAGAUAACGAAGAGUCAACACAGUAUGAGCCGCAGAAAUCCGAGUACGAUAUUGAGUCCAAUAAAGUUACAAAGGAUUUAGAAUUAGAACAUUUUGAGACGCGCAGUAUUGAAGAACCUACAGAACCAUGGAAGCAUGAAGGACCUUGGUACACAGACAUUACGAAGAGGAGAUGGUUCAUUUCUAUUGCUAUUGGAUUAUUGAUUGUUAUAAUUAUCAUUGUCGGUGAGUGUAAAAGGUAG